AUCACAAUUAACAAAAUGCAAUAGAAAUUACAAAAAUAUGGAAAGUUCAAGAUUUCAUCGUUGCUUGCUGAUUUUGUGUGCAAGUCUUCUCAUCUCAACAAGCACUCAGAAUCCUCCACAGCACCAUGUCGCCUUAUUCAUCUUCGGGGAUUCACUCUUCGACGCUGGAAACAAUAACUAUCUUAAAAACGCUAUUGGCCUGGCAAAUUUCUGGCCUUAUGGGGAAACUUUCUUUAAGCAUCCUACUGGCAGGUUUUCAGAUGGUCGCCUCAUUUCUGAUUUUAUUGCCGAGUAUUUGAAGUUGCCGUUGAUUCCACCGUAUCUCCAGCCGGGUAUUGAUCAUUUUACAGAUGGAGUAAACUUUGCUUCAGGUGGAGCUGGUGCUUUAGUUGAAACCCAUCAAGGCAACGAAGGAAGAGUGAUAGACCUUAAAACUCAGGUUCUUUAUUUGAAGAAUGUGAAGGAACAUAUACAGCAGCAGAAAGGUGAUGCAGAAACCAGGAGAUUGUUGUCCAGAGCCAUUUACUUGAUUAGCAUUGGAGGCAACGAUUACAUAGCACCCUCCAGUGUUUUUGAAUCCUUCUCUAAAGAAGAAUAUGUGGGGAUGGUCAUUGGAAACCUCACAUCUGUCAUCAAAGAAAUUUACAAGAUUGGAGGAAGGAAAUUUGCAUUUGUAGGUAUGGGAGCUUUUGAUUGUUCACCAAACAUGAGAGCACUUAAACAGGAUGAAGGAGGUUGUGAUGAAGAAAUCACAGCUCUAGCAAAACUCCAUAAUCAAGUGCUUCCUGAAAUACUCAAAGAGCUGAAAAGUGAGCUGAAGGACUUCAAGUAUUCAUUUUUUGAUUUCUACUCUACAUUAAGUGAAAGAAUUAAUAACCCUUCAAAAUAUGGUUUCAAGGUGGCAAACGAGGCAUGCUGUGGAUCAGGUCCAUUCAGAGGAGUUCUAUCAAGCUGUGGAAUAUCAAAAGAUUAUAAAGUAUGUGAAGAUGUGAGUGAAUAUUUGUUCUUUGAUUCUGUUCAUCCCACAGAGAAGGCCUACAAGCAACUUGCAAAGCUAAUCUGGAGAGGAGGUUACAACGUUAGCUGGCCUUACAAUAUUAAAACUCUAGUGGAUGCAGACCUCAAACACAGCUUUUGUAACUAAAUGAUCCUCUUUUCCAUUAUUGUCUUUUUUUUUUUUUGGUUGCCCUCUCCUUGUGUAGUAUUUAACUAAGUUGAAGCUAUACUUUAUGUGGGGAUUUAUAAAUUUGGCACGUAAACCUUUUUCCUUUGUUGGGUAUUUUAUGUAAAAAAUGAUUUGCAUGUAAUAAUUAUUAUAUAAUGAUGACUUAAAAAAGAACAUUUUUGGGUGGGGGA